AUGAGUGAUGACAAAUACGAUAAUGUGGUGAAACAACUAUGCGAAUUGUUUCAAGGCGAGAGCGCCAAUCUGAUGAAAGUCUUUGCCUUUUUGCAAUUCGAAGAAGAGCGGUGUCAAGGGAGGACUCGGUCCGGUGUGUGGAAUAUGAUGGCCUCGCUCUUGACGCAGAAAAAGGAGCUCAAGGUCUACGCCGAGGAUUUACUGAAGAAAGCCACCCCAGAAGAGAAAAAAGAAGUCGACGAGAAAUUCGUGAACAUGCAAAUGGAAAUCGCCAAGCACUUCGACACCGAGAAAGCGCUGACAACUAAGGAGAUUUUACAAAACAAACAGGCACUCGCCGCAGCGAUCGGUCUCUCGUUUUGGAUGGAGAUCCCACACGCCGCCCAAGAGGCCAUUAUCGGAUGUAUUUUCGAUAAUUUGACAAAUGUGCCCGGGUACACAUUAGCUGCUGUUUUCCUUGCCUACGAGAUUGGGGUCAACAUCUACAAGUGGCAUAACGGGACUAUCAGUGGGAAACGAUGUGCAAAAGAUGUACUGGACUCGGCUGCCUGCUUGGGUGCUGGGAUUGGUGGUGGGGUUGCGGGUGCGGCUUUUGGAGCGCUGUGUGCCGGACCGGUCGGGGCGGUCAUUGGUGGACUGGCCGGUGGAUUUGUUGCCUCAUUUGCCGGACAAGCUCUGAUGAAUUUGCUGACAACGGAGAUUUUCGAUUUGCCGAAAACCGUGGCUCUAGAGAAAGCCUACACUUUUCUGGGUGUCUCACGUAAUGCCACCGAUGAACAGGUGAAAGAUGCAUAUAAGAAGAGACUCCUCGAAUGUCAUCCAGAUAAGGGCGGAUCGCAGGAGCUUUUCGUCAAACUUCAAUCCUACCUGGGAAUCAUUUGCGUGGCUCGUGGAUGGGCGCCAAAAGCU